UCCACUGUGGAACAAAUAUGGCCGUGCAUGCGUUUGUUGUCGCGUAGUUUUUAGAAAAACAAGGAAAAAUGACAUUCUCUUGACACCCAGAAAAUAUUUGCUACCCCAGCGAAGAAACCCCGACGUUCAACAGUCUUUGUAAACCUAGCGGUCGCUCCUAAAUCAAACUAUCUAAUGUUGGAUAGCUAGCUAGCCAGCUAGUUAGCAGCUGAACUGUCAGCGUUAACGUAACGCAUAAUAUAUAGCCAACGGUAAAUACAGCUAAAAUUGAACGUUUUUUUUGGUCAGUGAUAUAGAAUGUUUGAUAUAACUACAUAUUUUUGUAGUUUAUCGGUUGCUUGCUUAUAUCUACGAACUAACCCCAGGAAAUUGAGGAGAGUUUAUUACCAUCUUACCUUGGCUUGAAAGCUAGGCUAACUAAAGAGCCGGCUAGCAAUCGGCCAAGCCGGCGAUACAAGAAACAAAGUUGGCCUAAAUUGAAUGUCCUUUGGAUGAAUGUACACAUAAUUGGCCAAGGAACAUUGUUCUGGAAUGAAGGCACGCGUUUAUUUGGUGAACUUAAAGUCAAUGAAGUGAUUUGACCUGAAGCAACAUCUGGGUGUUUCUGUGUGCCCUGCACCCUGCUCCCCUCAGCCUAGCCUGGCCCUGAGUGAUGACAUCACAGCAGCAUCCUCUACCCCCAGCUAACACCAACCCUCGCCUGCUCAUCACCAGAAACCUGUCAGGCAGUCAGGGCAGGUCACUCACACAGCCAUUGGACUCUACCCCAGGCUGCUCUGCGGGAUCUUCCACCAACAGAGGUGCCAGCAUGGGAGGCAUGGCCUCUUCCUUAUCCCCGGAAAAUUCCCACACAACAGGGCCUCAGAGAGCCGGCCUCGUGCCGCUGUCCUCAUCGUCAUCGUUACGGAGGUCAACGGGUCGCCUGGAGCCCUGGCCCGAAGAGGCAGUGGACAGUGCCUACGGACUCUACUCUCUGCACCGAAUGUUCGACAUCGUGGGGGCUCAGCUGACCCACCGCGAUGUCCGGGUGCUCUCCUUCCUGUUUGUGGAUGUUAUCGACGAGUACGAACGAGGGGGCAUCCGCAGCGGACAGGACUUCCUGCUGGCCCUCGAGAGGCAGGGACGCUGUGACGAGACCAACUUCCGGCACGUUCUCCAGCUGCUCCGCAUCAUCACACGCCAUGACCUGCUGCCCUACGUCACUCUCAGGAAGAGACAGGCUGUUUGCCCAGAUCCGGUGGACAAAUACUUAGAGGAAACGUCGGUGCGUUACCUGUCUCCUCGGUGUGGAGGAGAGAGCAGGAGGGCCCCACCACACAGGAGAACUGGCUCCCAGCCAGUCAUCUGCUGCUCCCCGUCCGGCCCCCAGGUGUGCCCCCCAAGGGCCAAGCCUGGCCCCUUACUGCCCAGCCGCAAGAGGAAGAGGUCCCACACUGCUGCAGACUGCAGGGAGAAGCAGACCUGUGAUAUUCGCCUCCGGGUUCGCGCAGAGUAUUGCCAGCACGAAUCGGCGCUCCAGGGCAACGUCUUCUCCAACAAGCAGGAGGCGCUGGAGAGGCAGUUUGAGCGCUUCAACCAGGCCAACACCAUCCUGAAGUCCCGCGACCUGGGCUCCAUCAUCUGCGACAUCAAGUUCUCCGAGCUCACCUACCUGGACGCCUUCUGGCGCGACUACAUCAACGGCUCCCUGCUGGAGGCCCUGAAGGGCGUGUUCAUCACCGACUCGCUCAAGCAGGCCGUGGGCCACGAGGCCAUCAAGCUCCUGGUCAACGUGGACGAGGAGGACUACCAGGCCGGCCGGCGCAAGCUGCUCCGAAACCUGGCCUCCGGAGGGGCCGCCGCAGGGGCCCGAGAGAACAUUUCCUAGGCGGCACUUCCCGCGCUCCGCGGGAAAGAGGCGCAUGACAUCUCCAGGAUGUGUGUUCCAAACCUCGCCGUGUUACUGUGCCGUGGGAAGGACUGGAGUGUGAGGGGCGCGGGUGUCCUUCGGAAUGCAUCGCAGGUUUCCCGAAGGAGGACCGGAGUCUCUGAGAGGCUGUGUGCCGUUCCGUCGGAUGUUCCAACGCCAACGCGGAAGAUGACGGCGCGUGGGGGGCUGACCUUUGGUCGUGUUUUGAGUUGGGGGAAAUUUGCAACCUGGUUCGUCUGUGACUGACUUUAGCAAGUGGUCCGUUUGAAAUGGCAGAGUGGAGCCAGUUGGAAUUUUGUUUGUGAGGAUAAGCCACUCUUCCAGGGUGUCCUGAUGCAUUGUAAACUGACCGAGCAUGCGGAGUAUAUGGUGUGUGUGUGUGUGUGCGCGUGCGCGUGAGUGUGAGUGUGUGUGUGUGUGUGUGUGUGUGUGUGUGUGUGUGUGUGUGUGUGUGUGUGUGUGUGUGUGAGUGUGUGUGUGUGAGAGUGAGAAAGAGAAAGAGAAAGAAAAAAGAAAAAGAAAUGUGGGCUUGCUGGGGAGGAGUUGCAGGAAAUGUUUGUGGAGAGAGUGGCUCAGACUAUUUUGAGCACACUUUAAACUCUUUAAAAUCUGUGGAGCGUGAAUAGGUUUUGAAUGCCUGGCUUUUUUCCUGUGUUUAGCAGAGAGUGGAACUGGCUGUGUUCCGGCCGCCAUUGUAUUUCCUUUAAGCAUUUAUUUUGUACAGACCCAAGAAUGAAGAGAAUGGUGCCGUGCUCUGUGCAUGCACUGAAAGGCCUGGGGAGGAAGUUCUCCUGCAAUGUUUCCAUUGCAAACACCUGUCCAUCGUGUCAUGUGGCUGACUUCCCUGAAGUCACAUGCAACUGAGUGCUUGAAUGCCGUCUCCUUGUACAAUGUGAACACAUUGGAAUAAUGUUCAUUGUAUAAUUUACUCUAAGCAUUAGUGAAAUAAGUACAGGUUUCCCAGCAGGUUUUUCAGAUUUGUUAAGGUGUACGUGGAGGCAAAUAUUUUAUUUUGUGUUUUAAUUUAUAUGUUUGUGAGACUAAUAUUAUGUUGAUGGGAUUUUUGUGUGGGGUUCUUCCAAGAAAUGACAGUAGGCUUCCAGAUGAAAGCAGUUUGGAUGCAGCCACAGGACUCAACAUUAGAUUAUCUUAUUUUUCCAUAAUGGAUUAAAGUAAGUUAUGAAGCAGAUAUCUAUUACGUAUGUUGUACAUUAUGAAUUUUAGUUUGUGGGGGCCUGUUUGAGUUUUAAUGGGUUAUAUCAGAGUACAAUUGCAGUUGGGUGAGAUCCAUUUCAAAUGCUGUAUUAUACAGUUGAAUAAUGUAGGUGCUUGACUGAGUGAAUACAUUCAGCUCUCUUCCAUGCUCCAUUACGCCUUCAUCUGUCCACCUUUAGAGCUGGGAAUAUGCUUGGACAUACUCAGUAAAGUGGAUGCUUCAUUGAGUAAAUUCAGCCAUUUGUCUUGCUCUUAAUGUGGAACCAUAUAGAGGCUUAAUGGAGUGGAAAUGAAAAAUAUUACAUGGCAUGAGGAGGACUUUCAUUUUACCCAGACAUUUAAGUUCAAGGAGGAUCUAUGAUAAAGCAGAUAUGAAGACCAGACAAAGAUGGGUACUCCUCACCAUCUUUGGCUAGUUUUGUAAAUGUAUAUAUGUUCAGAAGGUGUUUAUCAUUUUUUGAUACAUUUCCUUUUUUAUGUCCUUUGUUGCCAAAGCAAUCACAGAUGUGUUGGAUGAGUGGAGCUGUUAAUGGUUUAUUAAAAGGCACAUAUUCUCUAGUCCGAGAUACACAAAACAGGUGGACAUACUCAUUUGGGGAUCUGUGCAGAGCACUUUAUUUUUAUAUCAAGUCCACAUGAAAAUAACCAGUAUGUAAUCUCUUUCGGUUCCGCACACUUUUCCGUAAAUAAUCAAAAUGCCACCUUCAAGAUUAUUGGCCUUACUGAAUCACUAAAAUGGUUUUCAGUUUUAAUAUUUUUUUGGUUUGAUCUUGACCAAGAGGGAGACUGUGUGCAGUGUGCGUAUUUGUACCUGUAUAUUAAUUGAUAAUUACAUUCAGUGUCAGUACAACUCUAAGAAAUGUAUUCUCAAAAAACUGAAUAAAAUAAUAAUUUCACUGAA